UGUUGUUUUAAUCUUUUCCCUUUUUCUUUUAAGCCAAAAAUAUCUGUCAUGUUCUUUAUUAUUGACUUUAAAGUUUUGCGGAAGAUGUUUCUAAAAUAAUUAUUUUGUCUAAAUUCGCCAUUUGGAAAGUUAUAGCAACAGUUCGAAACCGGAAGUGGCUCUGAGGGCUAAAGUUAACAUUUGUGAAUGAAGAUGAGUAGCUUCAGUUGUUGAUAUUUUUCUUAAAGUUAGUGGUUUUUUCGUGGUGGUUGUCCUCCAGGAUGAGCCGGGAGCCUUAUCCUUUCGUGGAGGACAGCUUCAGCCGCUUCCCGUCCCAGAGUAACAUCUACGGGCUGUGUCAGGCCGGGGAACAGGAGCUGCUGGCGGCCACUCUCAAAGGGAAGGUGGUGUGUUUCCGGUACCAGGAGCUGCAGCAGAAGAUCCGACCUGUGGCCAAGGAGGUCCAGUUCACCUACAUCCCAGUCGAUGCUGAAAUUGUAUCAAUCGAUGCUUUCAACAAAUCCCCCCCCAAACGAGGCCUGGUGGUGGGCAUCACAUUCAUUAAGGACUCGGGUGACAAAGCCACUCCAUUCCUGAAUAUCUACUGCGACUACGAACCUGGAUCGGAGUUUAACCUGGAGUCUAUCGCACAAAGUUGCCUGAAUCUGGAGUUGCAGUUCACACCCUUCCAGCUCUACCACACUGAAGUGCAGUGUGAUGAUGGAGGCAGUGAGACGGUGUUCCUGCUCAGCGGUCACGACCAGAGGAUCCACCUGUACAAAGAGAACGCCUCUCUGCACCAGUUUGAGGAGCAGCCAGUGGAAAGACUCUUCCCUGAACUGGAACAACUGCCCAGCAAUGUGUUAUGGUUGGACAUGUUGAGUAUCGGCAGUGGUCGGCGUCUGUCAGCUUUUGGAUGUCAGAACAGCUGCGUUGGACUGGCCCUGGUCGACCAGACUGGACCAGAUGUUUUGCAGAGCUGGCGGGUGCAGUUUGACAGUCCAAUUUCUACAGUGCUGUUAUUUCCUCUGAGCUGCAGACCUGAGCCACGCCAACCCAGUGCAGGGGAAAGCAUAGAAACGGGAGGCUACAACCUUUUGGUGACUAGUACGAUAGAGAUGGCUGUUGUCUACAGAAAUGUGCAGGAACACGGCUUGUCUCGCUCCGUGUGCCUUUCAGAAAGCGAUCAGUGGGAUGCGGUGCUGAGUGCUCUCGUCAUUGAUCUGGAUUUUGACGGGCAGAAGGAAGUGCUGCUGGGAACGUAUGGACAGGAACUUCUCUGUUACAAAUUCCAGCCGGCAGUCGGAGGAGGAGAUGGACAGUUUCAGCUGCAGUGGAGGCGGAGCUUCAAGAGUCCCUUGCUGUCCAUCAUCUACUUAGACUUGACAGGAGACGGGCUGCGAGAGCUGGCCAUCCUCACAUUGAAGGGGCUGCACGUUUUGCAGCACAGUCUCACCUGCACGGCCGACUUGGUCCUUGAACGCCUCUCCCAGAGGGUGUCAGCACUGACGACCUCUGGCUUCGGCUCCGAGCUGGAAUCGGAUGGAGCUCAAGAAGCAGAGGAGAAGGAGUUCACAGAUCAGUAGUGCAUUUAGUGUGACUGUGUGAGUCAGAAGAGGCAUUGUUUACAGGUGAAAGUGUGUGAUUUGGGAUUAAAUGCAGCUGUGGUUGAAAAAAACAAACAAACACACCUCUUAAAAAUAAAACGUCAUCUGCCUUAGCCUACAAGACACACACCCUCUGUCAUCAAAGAGCUCAUUAUGUUAAUAAAUGCAUUGAUAAAUGUUAUCUUCACCUGUAAUGAGGGAUAUGCUCCUCGGGAAUAUGUAAUUAUGAAACGGUGUAAAUAGUGUGCUGUAAUUUGCAGAUAAUAAAUUACACGUUUGGGUCUGGA